AUGGCUUCGCAUCUAACCAGCGCGACGCUCUCCUCGAAGCAAGAGCCCUCUGAAACUACCCCGUACGACUCUUCAUCAUUAUCUGAAGAGACAGCCAAUACUACAAACAUCGAAAAGAAAUCUAGUCUUCCAAGUCAAGAUGCAAAUACUUUCAAACGUUCGAAGUCUCAGAUACCGAGAAACGACCUGGAAAGCGGACAACUACCUGCACUCAACGCCACCGCCUCGCGAGCCACAACUAUAUCGAAAAAGAGAGCAUAUACUUUCAUGAUACUAAUUGUGCUCACACAAGCGGUGCAAAUGUUUGCCUACGGAGCUGGUAUCAUUGGUGCAUUCACAGUUGGGCACGCAGUGGGAGCUUCGGACGUCCAAUCGACAUGGAUCGCCGCGGCAUAUCCGCUCACCCAAGGCUCAUUUGUCUUGAUCAGCGGUCGGCUUGGUACUGUCUUUGGCCAUAAGAGAAUUUUGACGCUUGGAGCAGCCGUUUGGAUCUUUUGGACACUGGCCACGGCGUAUGGGACCAACAUCGUCGGCAUCAGCAUCAUGAGAGCGCUUGCAGGAAUAGGAGGUGGCCUCCUUGUUCCAAACGCGGUAGCUCUUUUAACAAUCACAUUUCCUCCUGGUAGACAACGAAACUUGGCACUGGCGCUCUUCGCUUCGAUGGGUCCAGUUGGCGGCGCUGGCGGAUGUGUGUUUAAUGGCUUUUUCCUCCAGUGGACAGACUGGACGUGGUUAUUCUUCUUCUUGGCUGUCCUAGGGGCUGUUGUUUACGGCGCAGCAAUUAUUGCAGUCCCAGAUGACGAACGAUUGGAUCCCGAGGGGAAAAUUGAUUGGACAGGUUCAUAUCUUGGCGUUGCUGGACUCGUAUUGUUCAAUUUUGUCUGGAACCAAGCUCCUAUAGUCGGCUGGAAGAAUCCCUAUGAGUACAUACUGCUCAUCGUCGCAAUUGGCCACUUUGCCGUAUUUUUACUAUGGGAAUCAAGAUGGGCAGUCAGUCCAAUCAUUCCUUUUGACAUCUGGAAAAUACCAUCCUUUGGUGCGCUUAUCCUCGUGUUAUUCUUUGUCUUUAUGAGCUUGGGCAUAUACAUCUGGUACGUGACCGUCUUCUUGGCGAACUUGCGUAACUGGGAUCCUGUCUUGCUGGGAUGUUCAUUCUUGCCAAUGGCAGUCAGCGGUACGGGCGCCGCUUUCUUUGCGGCAUGGGUUGUGCGCAAGCUACCAGCGGAAACGGUGGUUUGUAUCGGUGCUUUGGGUGCAAUAGUGAUGAACACCCUCAUUGCGACGAUGCCUGUUCACCAAAUCUACUGGGCGAUGGUAUUCCCCGCCAUGGUCUUGGCUGGAUGUACGGGAGAUAUGGUAUUUGCUGCUGGUCAAAUCAUCGCCAGUAGCAUUGUGACGAGAAAACAUCAGGGAACAGCGGGGUCCUUAAUUGGAACUCUCUUUACAUACGGCCUCAGUACAGGCCUGGGCUUUGCUGGGACGGUCGAGAUUUACAUCAAUAAGGAUGGAUUAAACUUGUUGGGUGGUUAUCGGGGGGCAGCUUACCUGGGGAUAGGGUUUGCAGGAGCAGCCAUAGUUCUGACUUUGCUGUUUGUGAGGAUGAAGAAGAAUACAGUCGAGGGCUGGCAGGGAGAGGAUGCCGACAAUGGCGAGUCAAGUAGGUGA